AUGGCUGAUAUCCGCCAUAUCACAUGCGAAAUCAAAGAUUGUAAGAAGCGACCAACCUUUGGAUACGAACGCGGUAAGGCGCUACGCUGCAAGCAACAUAGCGCAGGUAAAGCUAUGUUUGAUGUUAUGAACCCUGUUUGUAGCAACUGCAAUAGCACAACUGCCAAUCGCAACUAUGAAUCCUUUUGCGCUCAGUGCUACUUCGAUCUUAACCCAGAAGCGCAGCAUGUUAUCAACUACAAGACAAAGGAGUUAGCAUUCACGAACGCGGUAAAAGAGUAUUAUCCAAGUCUCAUUCAAGAUCGUGUCAUCGAAGGCGGAUCAUCGCGCAGACGCCCUGAUGCGCUGCUUGAUGUUGGAACGCAUUGUAUCAUCAUUGAGAUCGAUGAACGCCAGCACUCGUUAUGGUUAUACGGAUAA